UGUGUUCAAUAAACAGGUUAAUGUGUAAGAAAUGUAAUCAUUUAAAUAUUUUUGAUGGACUGACAAAAAGUAAAUUCAUUAAUAGUUUUUAUGUAAUAUUUGGGUAACUGGCAACAUUUCUGUCAUUCAGGUGUAUGUUGUCCACAGUGUAACUGGUGUUCAUUAGAAGUGUCUAACGAAUAAACGAUCUUAACACAUUUACUACACAAGGGCAAGUUGCAAGUGCUAUGCAUUUUGCCAAAGUGUUAUACUCAUUCGGAAUUUAAUGGAAUAAUCUCUUGUCAGUGCUUAUAGGUACCUAACUUAUUCCACAUAGGGCAAGAUAAAUUUUGUUUACAUUUCCCUACCUAGGUCUAGUUGACCUCUGACCUCUACGGUAGUAAUACAGCGUUACGGUAAACGUGUUCGUCAGGCAGCGUAACCUCAGGGCAUCAGAAGCGAGGAGGAGGAGGUUGGAGGGUACCGAGGACUUUUGGUGGAUUACUGCUCUCCUUGUUAUUCAAAGGUGAGUGCCGGAAUCAGUUGCUCCUCAAUCCGUGACGCUUAUUUGGAGGACUCCUUGAAAGUGGUGAACACUGACUGAUGUUUACAUUUGGUAAGGUGACGCUCGCUGUGUUGAAGUGGCCGAUAAAUAUAUAAGAGGUGAGUGUUGUCAUCAGAUGUUCCCUGGCAGAACACAACUUUUAACUUCAUUUGGUCGGGAACCUUCAGUGAUGGUGAGGUGAGUGGGGGUCAUCGAUGAGACGGAUGCUCUGACAACCCAGCAACUUCUACAACACCUCCUCAUCGCCUCUACGCCACCAAAACCACAGUAUACGAUCAAUUACUUCACUCCGACAAAGUGACUACAAGAACAAUGGCUUAGGACUAACAAGAGUGGCCAACCAGCCUUGGAGGACACACCCCAGGUGACCCUCCCCCCUAUUCCUGGGGGUCUACUCCCCCUGCAAAGUGAGAGUAUGGUGUUGUUGGCCUCAGGUCUUCAUCACCAUCACUCUCGACCACCACACCCUACACCCUCACCACCACCAGUGCCACCUUCCUACACCACACAACACCCGCAACGAACAGCUUCUUCUUCUUCCUCCUCCUCUUCCAGGACCUCCUUCAUAAGCUCAGUGUCAUUCUUUCUCCCUUCUCUCAUUUCUUCUCUUCCACUGUCACCAUUCUCUCCACCGCUCGUAGUCCUGCCCACAGCCUCCACGGCUGCUUCUGCAGCACCCCCAGAAACAACGACAAAUACUUCCUUCAGUUUUACGUAGUGCAUAUUUCUUUUCUUUUCUUUUUUUCCAAAAUCAAGCACAAUCGUGUUUGUGACGACGGGAGGCCGGUUGUUAACACUGAGGGUGGUUAGGAUGAGGGUCACGGUGCGGGGAGUGGUCGUGGGUGGGAGUGUGGGUGUUCUCCUGACCACGGUGCUUUUGUGGUCGCAGUGCCACCCACCACCUCCCCACACGCAUCACCAUUACCAACACAACCCAUCUUCCCAAAGUGUGGGAAAGCAGCAGCAACAGCAGCAGCUCCAUCGGAGCCCACUGCAAACUAAACUGCAGUCAGGGAACGGAAUAGGGGGUGGGACCGUGGGUGAUGAGAGCUACCUGGAGGAGGAAUAUGGCGGCGGCGGCGGCGGCGGAGGUGGUGCCAAUGGCGAUCUUCACAACAUCAAUCAACUGGGAGAUGGUGUUGGUGGGGGAGAGGUCAGCCCUGUUAUAGCAGCCAGCCCCAGACUGGUCGAAAUACCUUGUGUUAUCAACCACGAAUCGGAAAUCUCUUGUCGACGAGAUGCUCAGGAUGUAUACAUACCAUUUACUUUUAUUAAGAAUUAUUUCGAAGUGUAUGGAAGGAUAGAUCAGAAGAGUGAUGGUUCAGAUGUGUUUGAAUGGUCACACAGUUACAGCAGAGUUUAUGAGCCUCAGGGACUUUAUAAUCCAACUGGAACAUUCCUUAACUUUGAGCUGUACAAUGUUGAGGCUCGUGAAAGGGUUAAGUGUGUCUCAGCAACAGAAGGUGUUCCUAUUUCAACACAGUGGCAAAGUUCUGGAUAUACUUAUCCCAUUCAGAUUGCUCAGUUUGGCUUAUCUCAUUAUUGCAAGCAUCUCACAGAACAACUUCCUCAGAGGUACGUUUUAGAAGAUGGUGUGCUUCACAAGGGAACGUGGCAUGCAGAAGGCAUAGGAGCGAAAGUCACAAGAGCACUGGAUCCUAUAAGUUUUUCAAAUGUCUUGAAAUUCCGGACUCCGGAAUCUUUUUCCAAAGGUGGUGCUGUAUUAAGAAUAAAUGAUUCAUCAACACAGAAUCUCAUUGUUUUAAACUUGAACAUUCUUCUGCAAGGAAAUGCGAGCUUUACUGUUAGUAUGGAAUACAAGUAUAAGAAGACAGAAAUACUUAGGCUUCAUUAUAUCCGUUCAGAAAAAUUACUACAAGUUAAGGAUCAUCAAAUAUUUUAUGGACUUGGGGAAGAGCAAGGUUGGCGUCGAAUCACUCGCAAUCUAUUAAUAGAUGUACAUAAAGGUGCAGCUGCUUCACCACAGCUGCGCAAACAGUUCAAAAAGGUGUCAAAAUCCAAAUUGAAAGUAAUGUCAAUUUCUCUGAAUGGUGAAGGAAGCUUAAAGAACAUGACAUUAUCAUCAGCAGAACAUCUACUACACUUUUAUGAUGCUGCAAAUUGGUUACUUAGUCAUCAAGAUGAACAAGGAGGGUGGUCUAUACCAGUUCCUAGAAAGGUUAUCAGUGGUGUUUUGGAACUAGAAUCUGGUUGGUAUUCAGCAAUGGCACAGGGCCAGGCAAUGUCCUUGUUGGUACGAGCCGCUCACCACUCUGGAGAUUCAAGAUAUCUUAAGGCUGCUUUGCGUGCAACAGCUUUAUUUUCUGUUAAUGCUACAAGAGGUGGUGUAAGAACAUAUUUUCCAGGAGGCUAUGUAUGGUAUGAAGAGUAUCCAACAAACCCAUCUUUGUUUGUGUUAAAUGGAUUCAUCUAUAGCCUUCUAGGGUUAUAUGAUCUCAAGGAAUUUUCAACCGGAACAAGCAAUAAUAGUGGAGAUUUAUUUGAUGAGGGGAUGAAGUCGCUGAAAAAGUUAUUGCCCCUAUUUGAUACUGGAUGGGGCUCACUUUAUGAUUUGCGCCAUUUCACCACUCAUGUCGCUCCCAACAGAGCACGCUGGGAUUAUCAUACCACUCAUAUAACACAGUUGCUACUUUUGGCAUCAGUAGAUUCUGAUCCUGUUAUUUCUUCAACUGCUCAAAGAUGGAAGGAUUAUAUGGUUGGGCAUAGAGCUUCACAUAAUUAAAUAGUUGCCUUUGUUGGCACAAGGUAAAGUAUGGUGUGCUAUUUUAAUAUGACUGUUAAGAUCACCUCAUAUAAUCCAAAUAGGAAUUUGAAGUUUUCAGAAAUAAUUAUUAUCUACAAAACAUGUAUUUAUUCUGAGUAUUAUAGGUUGUGAUAGUUUCAUCACAUUGAAGAUCUCUAAUAGGAACUUGUUACUCUGCAUGACAGUGAUAUAUUGAGAAAGUGCUAGUUUAAAUGUCUUAUUGUGUACAAGAAUAUGGUACUGUAAAUGAUUAAGAUCUAAUCUGCGUAAACCCCUCCUCAUAGAGAAAAUUCAUCCAUGCUUUCUGAAGUUGUUUGUAUUUUUUAAGUAUAUUUAUUUGGUAAGUUACUCAUAAAGUAGUUUCUAUGACUUGAAGUUGCCAUAUCUGGUAAUUUUGUAUACUUUGUAGUAUUUAAUGAUUUUCAAAUCCUCAGUGAGCAUGGUUGAAGGUGCUGUUUCUUACUGCUUAGUAGUCUCAGAAUUUUAAUAUGGCACCAAGACUGGUAAAGAUAUGACUUUGUUGUACAGUCGUUGGUAAUGGAAUUGAUCUUUUUUCCUGAAAGACAGGUGGUUAUCCGAGACUAUUAUAGCUACUCUGCCUUGCUAUGUGAUAUUCUGGUAUAGAGUGAAUCGGGUCCACUUGUGAAUAUAAAUCUUGUACGAAUGUUGGAGGGUUAGAAAGUUCCAAGGGGAGGAACUUCUGGCCUCAUUGUGUUGUGUGCAGGAGGGAAUCUCUGGGUUCUUGCUCUGCCAUUAAUCCUCAUAUGAUCUUCCAUUUCUCUUGUGGCCACAGCUCAAAUUGUAAAUGAGUCUAUAAUUAGUCAUUCAAGAAGGCUUAUAUCUACAGAUUGCUGAUUAGGAAUUCAGCUUUUAUUUUUUGAUACCACUGUGCUGAUACAGUAUAUACUUUAUCAAGUUGAUUGUGACUUGUUGCCUACGUGAAUUAUCUGCUUUGCAAACAGAACUCUGCUUAUAUUAGUGCUUCAGAUGUACACAAAUUUAAUGCUCUUUGGAGUUCAAAUCUAAAAGGUACCUAGAAAUUGAAAAACUUUUCUAAAUUCUUUCUCAAAGCAUACUCUUAUGUAUACUAUAUCAAUUGCAUCAUUUACACUAGUAUUAUUUUUUAAUUGUAUAUUUUCUCCAAGGAGUUUUUCUGCUUCUAAAGCAAGUUCUUUACAUUUGCAUUGCAGCUUAAUAUUCCAUGGGCUUCCAGUAUUAGUAUAGAGGAGGUGUGUGCACAUGUAUUGUGCAUUUAACAUACUCUUGGUUGUGGACGUGGUGUACCUGUAUGUGGCAGUUUGGUACUGGGCCAUUUUUCACCAUACUUUUUUAUCUUCUUCCACCCACUACUCUUGGAUUCCUUCUUUAUAUAAUCUCAUAGACCUUUUUUAGAAUAGUAUUUGAAGAAAACGUUUAAUUUUAUUUUGCCACAAUAAAAUAGAAUCUCAAAUAUAUUUUCACAAUGUUUUUCGUAUUGAUUUUUACAGGUACAGGUCAUUCAAGAUACAGUAGUUAUGAAUUAAAGAAUGCAUUCCCUUGUGUAUGUGUAGUUCUAACAUCAGAAAAAAAUAUGUUGAAAAAUUAUUGCCAGUUUUCUUUUAAAAAAAUUUAAAAAGUCUUGAUUUGUCAAUUAAUUAUUGCCAGUUUUCAUUUAAAAAUUUUUUAAAAGUCUUGAUUUGUCAAUUUAUGAAGGAUUUAUUUUAUGAAAAAAGGGAUCUAAAUAAAUUGUUUUUCAUAAAAUCUCUAAUUGCCUUAUGUAAGAAAUAUAUUCCAUAUGCAGAACAAACCUGGGUCUUAACAUUAGGAUAAAUCUUCUGGUGCCAGCUGGGAACCGGUAAAAAAGCCAAUAAGAAUUGUCUAUGCAAGGAAUUGGUGGCAUCUGUCACAAAGAUGAUGCAGAGGGAGGCCAGCACCCAAACUUCAACCUUGUAUUAGUUUUUCUUCUACCUCCUUUUAGGGAGGACGUCUCUUUCUCUCUCCCCUCCCAAAAGCCAGAUUUUACCUUUGCCCAUGUUUUCUUGGUUUUUGUGUAGUUUUUGGCGUGUUUUUUUGUGCUUGUGUUUUGGUUUUUAUAAUGCAAUCCCAAAUCCAAACUAAAAGUUCUAGUAAGCCUCAGAGGAAAUGUCCUGGUGUUGGAGGCUACCUUUGUUCAAGUUUCCAUGCUUCCCUUGAUACUGAUCCCCAUUCAACUUAUAGUAGGUGCAGAUCAAAUGUUUUGUUAUGUUACUAACCUGUUUUGAAUGUUAUUCAUGGUCUCCUGAGCAAUGGAGGAGAUUCACUGGCCGGAUACAGGCGAGUUUAGUAGCCAUACUGCUUAAGAGUAUUUGAUAUUCAGUAGGAAACCCUUCCUCUCUCUAGCAAGGGUAGAGAAGAAUGAUAAUCCGUACAGGUGGCUACCUUAGUUUGUAAUCUGAACAGAUAUAGCUCUUUAACUUCUUCCUAUGUAAUGAAUCUCUGCAUUGUAUUUUAGCUCGGUAGUCUGAAUGUUAGAUUCCCAUAUAUCUAAGAGUUCAGAGGCUUCGGUCUCCUUCCUUUGAAUUCUUUUGUCCAGGAAGUGUGAUCAAGUGUGCCGAGCCUCCAGUCUGUUCAGGAUUAUCUUACUUGCCACCAAGAGUGAGUAUGUCCUAAUGUUAAGACCAAGAUUUGUUCUGCACAUGAACGAAAGAUUUUUAUUAAUUUGUAUUUCUCAUAGCUAACGAACCUGCAGUCUUAAGAUUUACUGCCCACCUCUAGCCACCCCUUUCAGUUAACCUUGGACUGGAAGAAUAACUAAUAUGUCACAAGGUUGGAGUUGGAUCGCUGGCCAUCCUCUGUCAUCUUCGUGACAGAUGGCAGAUGCCACCAAUUCCUUACAUAGACAAUUCUUAUUAUUUUUUACUGGUUUCCAGUGGCACCAGAAGAUUAAUCCUAAUGUUAAGACUGCAGUUUUGUUAGCUAUAAAAAAUACAAAUUAGUUCAAAAUUUGUCAUAUUUCAUCAGAUCAGUAACUGCCAUAUUCAAACAGUCAUUGGUUUGAAAUAAUUCUCGUCAAUUAUACCAUAAUUUUUGUUGAACAAGCAUUACACUAGAUACAGUUUUGUUGAAUUAUGCAUAGUUGUCAUAUCAUGUCUAAGGUAGAAAAAUAACUAUCAUAAUGCUACAGUGAUGGUUGGGAAAGAUCUGCAAAAUUUUUCUUUUAUAUAUUUUUUAAUGUAAAUUUCCAUCAGUUCACAAUAUUUUAUAUAAAAAUAUUUUUCCUAUUUUCUUCUAAGUAAAAGACUAAUUUCUCAAAUAAAUAAUAUACCAUAUAUGCUAUUGUACAGAGGUGAAGGUGGAACUAGGGGAUAACUAUUUACGUCAAUCCCCCAGUCUCUGCUUCUUGAGGGUGAAUGAUACCUUUAUGUAACAAACCAUUAAACAUUAUUAAUGAAGAUAAUUAAGUUAGGUCCUGACAUGGUUUGAAAGAUAUAAUUUUAACAAUUUAUCAACUUUUGUUGGAAAUUUUUGUAUUAGUUUUGUAGUAUUUUCUAGUAGGAUAAUCAGACCACUUUUAGCUCAAAGGAUUUCUUUUUGUUUAUAAAUUGUUUUUAUUUAUGGUUUUUAUUUCCCAAUUGAGUGAUUUAUAAAUAUCCAUAAUUUCAGCAGCAGGAGUUUAUGAAUAAAUAGUCUUAAAAUGGCAGUCCUACUACUUAAAAGCCUGUUAGUGACAAGCAUUUUAAAUGCUUAACACUUUUUGUAAGCCUAAGAGUAAUUAUGCAAUGGCAAAUUUUACAGGUUAAAAAAUGAAGCAUAUUUCUUUAAACAAUAUAUCUUUAUUUCAAGGUACUUUCAUUAAUUGGGACUUUUUUCAGGUUAACACACUGUUGUUAAAGUUAACCUUAUCACAAAAAAUCCAUUGUCAAUUGCUGUUUUCUCUGGAAAAAAAUUGUUUUAGCUACAGUUCCUCCUAUUUUUGUCUUUGCUCCUGACAGUCAAUUAUUAAAUCAUUGUUAUUUCCGUUACAGGAAAAGAAUUAUUUAUUUAAAACCUUGUUUACUUUGUAAUUAACAACUGGCACCUUUAAAAAAUUAUUUUAAAGAUAGUCUACUCUACAUGAUGUAUUUCAUAAUGUUUUAUCACAUUUACCAGCAUUGGGAGUAGAAACCAUAUUGAUGUAGGGGUUAAGGUUUAACUGAAAACCUUUCAGAGAAAAUGUCUGGUAUAUUUUUUGGCUGGCAUUUUAUCAAUGCCUUGGUAGAAGUUUUUCUAUGUAAUCUAGAAUAGUACAAGUUAUGUUUACUGCUUUAGUUUUAAAUACUUUGUAAAAUUAUGUACCUCAUUACUAAAAUUCAGUAAUGCAAGGAUAUCAGAGUAUGUACAACAGUACUGUAAUGUGGUUCUUUCGCUUUUUUUCUCCU